AUGACAGCUCCUAGAAGGCAGCGCUCCGAGUACCUGAAAAACGGGUGCAAAGAGUGCAAAAGAAGAAAAAUCAAGUGUGACGAGUUCAUCAACCCGCCCCCCGAGGCCAUCCGCAAAAUCAACAAACAAGGCAGAGUAGCCUGCUGGCAAUGCACCAGGCUCCACAAGGAGUGUGAGUAUCCAAUGAAAGGAGAGAAGGUGCCGAGGGUCAGCAGGAAGGCGCUCAUGGAGCAGAAGAGGCGGGAGGCCGAGGCCGCCAGCGGCAGUGCCAGUGCUGCCGGCACGUCUCUUCAUAACGGUGGUGUUUCUCUCGACGGCACCCUCAAUAACGGCGCUCUUUCCAAUAACGGCCUCUCCAACAGCGGCGGCGCCACCAAUGGCUAUCAUGGUGCUGGUUACGGCCUCAACACACCUUCCAACGGCAUUAAUGGCAUUCUGGGCUACGGAUUUGGCGUUGGCCUCGGCCUGAGCCUCACCCUGGGCCUCGGCUUGGGCUACUUCCAGGGCCCCAUGUCGUACUCGGUGCUGAACUUGCUGAACGGGCUCAAUCCCUAUGCGGGGCCCAACUUCCCCGUUUCGGCGGCGUCGUCGAUUUCCAACCCGCUCGUUGGCGGCGUGGGGCCUCCAGCGCUUCCCAGGCCCCAGGCGGCGCCCUUGGCGGGAAAUCUUUCCACACCCACCUCGUCGUCGCAUUUUUCGUCGGCCUCAACUUCCCAGUUCCCGCCAGCGGGUCUCCUGGAACCGUCGCUGGCCACCGCCUCGUCCACGGCAGAGCCUCCCGAGGACGAAAACGUCAAGUUGGACCCGAUCUCGUUCUAUGACCAGCUGGACUUGACGCUUCUUGCCGCUGACCUCAACAACUUGGUGCUGGACAUGAUCUACGACGUCAAUUUCGAUGUCAAGGGCCUCACCGACUCCGAGUCGCAGCAGCCCACGCCGCCAACGCCCAACUCAGAGGACUUUGAGUCCAACUACUACGACCACAUCCCUCGCAACCUCAGUUUGGGCUACAUUGGCGUCAAGAGGGCCUCGGAAAAGACGUAUUUGCAUGAGUUUUACCGCGAGUUCGCCAACAUCAUUCUUCCCUUCAAUGCAUACGACGCCCACACGAGGCAGUUUUUCAAUCCCGCCAGGGAUAUCUUGCUCAAAUGUGCCCACCGCGAACCUUUUCUUCUAGCGGCCAUUUUGGCCCAGGGUGCCCGCUCGGUGUUCACAAAGUCGGCAAACCCAGACGACGAGCAAGCCUACUACUCGUAUCUUCUGCGGUGUCUUAAAUUGCUUGGGCCUGCGCUUGGUGACGCUGGCGAGAAAAACGGGUUGGCGCUUGUGGCGAACAUCGAAGCCGUGCUUCUUACAGUGUUGUUGCUUACUUCUUCAAACGCUGUGAAUGCUAGACAAAAUUGGAGACCUCACCUCCGUGGCGCUAAGGACUUGUUGCUCAAGCAUAAUAAAAACCGCCCGCUUACAAAAAAAUCCAAGGUAUUAAUCUUCUGCAAGUACUGGUUUGUCUCGUUCGAAAUCUUGGCAGGGUUGGGCUCUAAAAAUGGAGGGACGGUGCAUGUUGAUGAGGAGCUAGAUUUAUUGCUUAAUUACGCCGAUCCCUACGAGGUUCAGGUUCUCACUGAACUUGGGCUUAUCCUACCAAAUGGUUUCAACCUCAUUGGCGGCUACCACAACGACUGCGUCCCUCACUUAAGAGACCUUAUUAAACUUUUGAAUAAAUCUCGUGCAGCAAAGGCUCAGGCUAGUGAAAAUGGGAAGGCUACUCAAUUGUAG